GCGGCCAAUAUGGCGGCCGACACAGAUGAAGGUGCUUAUUUUGUGAGAGAAAUUGAGAAAAACGACGGGUCAACGCUAAAACUGAAGCAGUGCUACUUAGGAGACGUUGGCUGUGUUGUUUGGGAUGCUGCUAUCGUUCUGGCAAAAUAUUUAGAGACGAAACAAUUUUACGAUCCGUCCUCAGGAGUGAACGUGUGGGCUGGCAGCAGUGUUGUGGAGCUCGGAGCUGGGACUGGAGUAGUUGGUCUGAUGGCAGCAACACUGGGAGCUCAAGUCACUGUGACAGACCUGGAAGAGUUGCAGACCCUCCUGAGGGUGAACAUCCAGGAGAACCAGGCACUCAUCACCAGUGGAUCAAUUACUGCCAAGGUACUGAAAUGGGGUGAAGAUGUGUCUGACUUCCAGCCUCCCCCACAUUAUGUCCUUAUGGCAGAUUGCAUCUACUAUGAGCAGUCCAUUGCUCCACUGGUGGAGAGCUUGAAGCUGCUCUCUGGACCAGAGACCUGCAUUAUAUGCUGCUAUGAGCAACGCACAGAAGGCGUCAAUCCAAAAGUGGAAAGGCGUUUUUUUGAGUUGCUGCAUCAAAGCUUUGACUGUGAGGAGAUCCCUUUAGACAAGCAAGAUCCAGAGUUUAGCAGUCCAGACAUCCACAUCCUGCACAUCCGGAGAAAAGUCUGAGUUUGUUUGUGCGUACUGUAAUCAUUGUUCCGCCCUAUUACCACAAGGAAAUCAGAUUCAAAGGUCAAGUGUGUAGGCUUUAAUGUCAUCUAGCAGUGAGGCUGUAGAACUGAAACUUCUCUGUGUGCCAAGUGUGGAGGAGAGAUAUGGUGGCCGACGAAAAAAUGCAAAUGGCCCUAUCCAGAGCCAGUGUUUGGUUUGUGUGCUCUGGGCUAGAACAACAUGGUGGACUCCAUGGGAGAAGACCCGCUACAUAACGAUUUAUUUAUUUAAUUAAGUACACACUAAUGAAAACAUAGUUAUGAAUAUUAUAUGCAAUUUCUACCACUAGAUGCCCCUAAAUCCUACAGACUGGACCUUUAAAAUCUACACAUCUAACAUCUGCACUCUUUUAUAUUUUUAAAAGAAAAAUAUGUGUCUGAUGUAUCACUAAACAUUGUGAGACAACAUGAGUGAUGGAGUAAAAAAGUGAAAAGAGAAGCCAUUGUGAAAUGAUUUCUUCUUUACACUAUACAUCAUGUUUUGAUAAUAUCAGCAGUGUCAUUGGUCUGUGCAAUUAUAGGCCUGCAGAGGUAGAUGGCAGACAUGUGCAAGCACAGACUUGACAGACUGUAUCUUUAAUAAAAUGAAUUGUAGACCAGGAAGGGACUGAACUGUCUCUCUGGUUCAUUGGCGAUCAUUUGGAUGUUUGAGGUUGAAGAUUAGUCUUGCAAAUGUUUGAGUUUUGUUUUUUUUUUUUUUAAUGCAAAACACAGUAAAAGUCCAGAGUUUACAGUUCAGGAAACUGCAGGAGAGUACAAAAAUGUGACCUACCACGUUAUUGCUAUAAAACCCUGCCCUUUUUUUCUGCUGUGCAUGAUUAAACAUUUAUUUUUA